GAAUCACCACUUUAUUGUGAACAAAACCCUCUCUCUUUCGCUGAGCCCAAACCCUAACCCUUGGCGGCUGUGAAAAUACUCUUCAGUCUCCCCCAGCACAUCUUUUCCCCUUCUUUCCCUCUCAAAUCUCAAACGUCUCUCUUCAAAUUCCCAGUUUUCAAUUUUUUUGGGGGAGAUUUAGGGUUUUUCUGUAAGAUCUAGGGUUUUUAUUCGAGGUUUUAGUAUCCAAGUCAUGGCUACUGUUGCUCCUUCUGCUGAGAAAGCUGCAGAUUUGCUUCAGAAUUUGAGUUUGGAUUCUCAAGCGAAGCCCUUGGAAAUUCCUGAACCUACUAAGAAGACUUCUGUUUACCAGUAUGGGGCUGUUGAGUCUGGUGUUUCUGCUAAUGGUCAGAUCCCACAGGCGGACCGGUCGUUGACGCCGUUUUUACCUGAUUUGAUGGAUCCAACCAUGUGCUAUGUUCCUAAUGGCUACCACUCUCCUGCCGCCUAUUACUGUGUUGGUAGUGACUGGGAAGAUUUCUCCAGAUACGGAAACACAGAGGGAGUUGAGAUGGCAUCAGGGGUUUACGGGGACAAUGGGUCUGUUAUGUAUCACAGCGGUUAUGGUUAUUCGCCGUACGGACCAUAUUCACCAGCAACUUCUCCUGUUCCAACAAUGGGAAAUGAUGGUCAGCUUUAUGGGCCUCAGCACUACCAGUACCCUCCGUAUUUCCAGCCUCUGAACCCAACCAGUGGGCCAUUCACUCCUAAUCAAGCAGCAGCCACAUCUCAACCGGAGACCACCUCUGUCGCUCCUGAUCAAAAAGCCUUGCCUGUUGAUACAGCCAAAGGGAAUUCUACUGGAAUUGUGAACAGUGGUGGAGCAAAGGGUAACACCGGUUCUACUCCUUAUAAACCAUUUUACCAGAAUUCAUCUCUUAAUGGAUAUGGUAGGGGCGUUUUGCCAGGUGGUAUUAAUGGUUCGGGUUACCAGGAUCCAAGACUUGGUUACGAUGGGCAGUACAGAAGCACAGGAAUUACGCCUUUCGCAAAGGGUAAUAAUGCUCCUUCUACAAAGAAUAACAAUUACCGUCAGCCUUCCAACUACAUUGGUUUGCAGCAGUCUGGUCCAAUAUCUAGUAUGGGAUCAGCUCAUGGUUUUAUGAACAGGAUGUACCCCAACAAGUUCUAUGGUCAGUAUGGAAACACCUAUAGAUCUGGUAUGGGGUUUGGACCUGGUGGUUAUGAUUCUAGAAUGAAUGCGCAUGGGUGGUUGGCUGUAGAUGGAAAAUACAAACCCAGGGGACGAGGAAAUAACUAUUUUGGGUAUCGCACUGAGAACAUUGAUGGUUUGAAUGAGUUGAACAGGGGACCCAGGGCAAAGGGCUUUAAAAACCAAAAGGUCUUGACCCCUGUCACAAUAGCUGUCAAGGGACAAAACAUUCCAACAAUUGAAAAUAUUACUGAAGAUAAAGACGAAGCAGUUCCAGAGCGGGAGAAUUAUAAUAAAGCAGAUUUUCAAGAGAGCUAUGCUGAUGCUAAGCUUUUUAUAAUCAAGUCUUACAGUGAGGAUGAUGUGCAUAAAAGUAUCAAGUACAAUGUAUGGGCUAGCACCCCAAAUGGUAACAAAAAGCUUGAUGCAGCAUACCAGGAGGCUCAGCAGAAAUCUGGCGGCUGUCCUGUGUUUCUUUUCUUCUCGGUCAAUACCAGUGGUCAAUUCGUUGGUCUUGCGGAGAUGGUAGGAUCGGUUGAUUUCCACAAGAACGUCGAGUACUGGCAGCAGGACAAAUGGACUGGCUGUUUUCCUGUAAAGUGGCACAUUGUAAAAGAUAUACCCAACAGUUUGUUGAAGCACAUUACCCUUGAGAACAAUGAGAACAAGCCUGUGACUAACAGCAGGGACACACAAGAGGUUAAGUUAGAGCAGGGGCUUAAAAUGAUCAACAUAUUUAAGGAGCACACCAGCAAAACAUGCAUUUUGGAUGACUUUGGAUUCUAUGAGAAACGACAGAAGAUAAUUCAGGAGAAAAAGGCCAAGCAACAGCAAUUCCAGAAACCUGUAGUGGAAGUAAGACCUAAUGAUGAGAAGAAAGAACUGGUUAAUGGUUCACAUGAGUCAGUGGAGUCUCCCUCUGAGGCGGCUAAGGAACCUUCUCCGGCUGUUCAGUCCAAUGGGGACCUGAAGCAUUUAGAGAAUGGAUUGACUAGUAAAACUGAAGAUGAUACAAAGGUGAGUAAGCCAGUUGCCUUAGAGAAAAAAAUUACUGCUAACGGGAUUGCCAAUGGUUAUUAGCUUUUAGCAUGCACCAGCAGUCCUAUGGUCUUGUAAGAAAUUAAAAGGUAAUGCCAUAAGUUUGCUGGAGGUAUUAUAACCGCUGGCGAUCUCUAUGAACCUUUGGACUGCUGUUGGGAAGCUCACUUGUUGAUAUACUUAAACUAAAGACAAAUGGAGAAUGACAGUGAGAAUCUCUGGUUCCGGUUAGCCUUCGAUGCGAUGGAUCUGUUCUAAAUAGUGGUUAGCUCCUGACAAGUUUUCAUUCCGUAGGAGUUUGGGUUUAGGGUUCUUCUCUUUUUUUUGGUGGCUUUUUUUAUAUUAUUGUUUUGGUCUUUUAUUUUUUUUGACCUUUUUUCUUCUUAUUUUACUUCAAACCUUAUGUUGCCUUUUUCUGUUUAUGAUUAAUAUUUUUGUGCUUUUACCAGUGUGGUCAAUUUCCUGCCUUGUAAAUCUAGUUCAAGUUUAAUGUGAUUGUAUUUGUAAAAGAGCUAGAAGCUUGGUGGGAAGGUGGUUCCAAUAUAGUGGAGUGAAAGAGUUCUAUUUUUGCACCUA